GACUUGUCUGGUCCCUCGUUCCUCUCGUUUCCAUUCCUACUCUUAUUUAAUACUAAUUGCUGACUUUUCGCUCGUUCUAUAUCGACACAUAUAAUACUCUUAAUUGGGGCAGUAGGAAAUGAGGUCAUUGUUUGUCGUGCUGGUGCUCGCCAGCUCCACGCUCGGAGCGGCGAUCAACCACCGCGAUCAGAAUGAACUAGAUAUUGAGAAGCGUAGCGAGCUCUUGGGGAUGCGCUCGUACAAUCCGCCAGUGGAACCCGAUGACUACGACGAUGUCCCGAGCUUCCCUCCAAUGUAUCAUCCGGUGGAAACCAGUCUCGACGAUAUUCCAACCACCGAUUGUGAGGAGAUUACGACCGAGCUGCCAUCCAUGCCCACAUCAGUUCCGGUGCCGAUCACAACUGAGUGCGAGGAGACCACUACUGAACAGCCAUCUGCUCCCGCGCCUACGACCGAGUGUGAGGAAACGACUACUGAGCAGCCAUCUAUUCCUGCCCCUACAACCGAGUGUGAGGAGACCACUACUGAGCAGCCAUCUAUUCCUGCCCCUACAACCGAGUGCGAGGAGACCACUACUGAGCAGCCAACCACUCAUGUUCCAACCACUCCUGUUCCAACUACUCCCGUUCCAACUACUCCCGUUCCAACUACUCCUGUUCCAACUACUCCCGUUCCAACCAUGAAUACCACUCAAGUGCCUAUCCCAACCACAACAGAGCGCGAGGAGCCGACUACCCUCCCUGGCACGACUAAGACUUUAACCGUAACCACAACUUUUAGCACUACGACUUGCCCAAUUAUCACUGAAACCAUGACAAGUGGUUCUAUCACGAUAACCCAGACUCGAACAUUGACGCAAACAGUUACCAGUACCAUAGUUGCCACAACUCUUAGCGUGAUUCCACCAGAACCAACGAGCCCUCCAGUGCAUUCGACUCCUGGUACCCAGCCGCCAAAGCCGCCAAAACCCCCGCACACACCUGUGCCACAGCCUCCCCAGAGCUCUCCAGCCCAUUCGGUCCCAGAAGUCCCUCCUACCACGCCUGAACCCGAGACGCCCCCGGCUACUGCUCAACCGCCUGCGCCCACUCGUACGCUCACUACUGUACCGCAACCACCGCCCAAGCAAAGCACCCCGACUGCACCUCAAGAACCUGAGUUCACUGGCGCUGCUACCCGUCUUCAAGGUGGAUUGACUGCUAUCUUGGCUGUGGCCGCCAUUAUGGUGGUAGCAUAAGCCGAGCGAUGUUUAACGGCGAUUCUCCUCCGAUAAUGUUGCAUUUUGCCAGGAUAAUUUAAUGCCUAUUAUUUUGUGAAUGGCUCUUUGUAUAGAGAGAGAGUCAAUGAAUGAAUCAACCUUUCUACAUAAGUCCCUCUUGCUUGUACUUACUCUCCUUCACACCAAUUUUUCCUCGAAUCUUGUCAUAUGACUCGGAUUUCUCAGAUAAUACGAGUAUUUCAGGAUGUUACUUUUGCCCCUGCGUAGUCUUAACUGCAAGCGGAACCCGGGAGCGUGGACUGCUGUUGCUGUUGCUUCAUCCUUGUUUGGAAUUAAUGUUACUCGUUUGAUCGAGCCAGUGAUACUUGUGCUAAUAGCGGCCAAUUAAUAUACCUUGUGCCAUGGUGCUUCGG